AUGACAGAGGACUCCAUCGGCACUUCGUCGUCAAUUCAUAGAGAGCUAUAUGCCAAAAGACUAUUGAACCAAGAUAAUAACGUCUCCAGAGACUCAUUAGCGUCAGAUCUUAGCAUAUUUGAUGAAUAUGUUAUGAAGGGGGCGGAUUCUGUCGCGUCAAGUUAUAUCAAUGCCAAUAGUAAUCCUAAACAUAGAACUAUCAAAGUUUCUGUCAGAGACGAUGAAUUGAAUUUAGGAGAUGAUGAUGAUGAUGAUUUGAACUUUGUAUCACAUCUGACCAUUUCCUCCAGUACCAUAGAGCGUAACAAGCGUCAUAGUAGUAUUUCGAAUUCUACUGAUGCUAUCACUCCUAUUGCUACUGCUAUUAACAACAACAACAACAACAACAACAACAACAACAACAACAACAAUAAUAAUAAUAAUAAUAAUAAUAAUAAUAAUAAUAAUAAUAAUAAUAAUAAUAAUACAGAUGUCUUCAGUUUCAACCCUCAAAUUUUCCCACCUUCUCAACCAUAUUCAUCAUUAAAUUCUUUUGAGUCCCACAAAAAUCAAAAUUCUUUAGGAUCAUUUGAACCCCCAACUUUUAAUAAUGAAAACUUUCUGGGACUACAUAAAUAUUCCUCAUCAACAGGUUUGAAUCACCGGUAUCAAGAUGCCAAUCGUUCUACUAAAACCCAUGAAAGGAAAUUCAGCUUACCCUUUAACGACGGCGAUUCAGUUUUUGGUGGACUCACCAUACCAAAUAUUAGGUUAUUCGCUAAAGAUCCUUCCAGCAAAGAUCAAAAACUCAAAAACAGGCCAAAUCUCACUCCUUUAAAAUUGGAAAAAAAUUCUAAUCCGCCAUUAAUGCCAUAUUCGGGUCCAAUCUCUGCGCCAGGUCCAAGAACUUUAACCAAAAAGAAAUCAAAGUUUUCCUUGAGCUCAGUUAAUUUAAAUGCUCUAUCGCAAAGCAAUGACUCCAAACCAAAUCGUGCUGCCAAUACUAGAUUGCCUCGAAGCACUACGCUAUCAACGUUUUCUUUUAUUCAUGAGCGACGUAACGACCUUAGGUCUUUUUCAACCCCUACAACACCAAAAAGUUCUAGCAAACCAAGCAGUCCAUUGAAGAUAAAAUUCUCGAUCCCGGGGCUAAAGAGGACUUCCAAUUUAUCAAGUUAUGAUUUUCCUGAAGACGAUUUGGGGAUAGUUACAAAUUCUACUUUGGUGGAGUAUCAAGAUGAAGACUAA